ACCGGCUCUGCACCCAAAGUCCGAACCCAAAUCGUGUGUUCACCGUUCCCGACGAACCUGCCGCAUCACCUCACCGAUCCCCCGGCGCCCGCUGGCCCUGUCCCGACUCCCGAGACAUGCAACCCGUUUGCCGCUCGUGCUUGGCCCCCGCGCGGCCACAGCCGGAGGUACCCCGCGCGCGCGCGGCCACGGCGUGCCAGGCCCGGGCCACCACGACGAGCCGCGUCUGCGUCUGGCGCGCGGCUCCCGCGCGGCGCUUGCGCGCAAACACGCCGCGCGGAGGCGGGACGACGGAGCCCGUCGAGCCGCGCAAGGACGGGCCGGCGUCGGCGGUCGAUCAGGCGGAGGAGGCCGGGCUGGCGCCCGAAGAGCUGGAGGUGCUGGAGGAGGCGGCCAUCAUGGGGGAGGACGAGGGGCGCCGGCCCACCGACUACGACCGCCGCGCGCACAUCUUCGAGGAGAGCUCGCGGGUCUUCCGUGAUCUCAAGCAGCGAAGCGACGGCGACGGUGGCGGCGGAAGCGAGAGCCAGAGCGGCCGUGGUGGUGCCGUGACUACUGGUGCCGCGGCGGAAACAGCUAACAAGAACGCGGUGUAAAGAUAACGAGCCGCAGCUGUAGCAGCUUUGUUGGAUAAAAUGUCGUACUGUGUAAUAUGAGAGGUGGUGUCAUAUAGGUUUUAAAAAUCUUAAAAUGUAUUUUUAUCCAUAAACUUAGUUUUGGUUCAAAAAAA